CGACUUGAGUUGCGAGCCACCACCAUUUGAAAUUCAAAAUUUGAAUCCCCAUCGCCCAUCGGAGUUGUUCUUCCUCCCCCAUAUUUGUCUACCUACCUUGCAGUAGGAUAGGAAGAGGCGGCGGAUCAAUUCAAAUCUAGAGCAUGGGCUGCGUGUCGUCGGCGUUCCUGGAGGAAGAAGCCGAGGACGGCCGCCGCCGCAUCAUCUCCCACCACCACAUCGUCUCCCUCACCUCCUCCACCUACGGCAUCCUCACCUACUCCGAGCCGCCGCAUCCAACAAAAACCACCUCCGCGCCUCCACCGCCUCCGCCGCCGCCGACGAAUCUCAAACCCGAAACCCAUCCCCAUCCCCAGCCGGAGGAGGUCAUCAACUCGUGGGAGCUCAUGGCCGGCCUCGUCGACCCCUCGACCCCGGCCAGGCCUCCCGCCCCGUCUCCCUCCUGCAAGCCUAAACGCCGCAUCCGCUUCCCUCUCCGCCCAAUCGACGGCAACGCCAAGCCAGGCGCCCGCGCUCCUCCCCCGGCGGCUUCGGCGGUGCUCUACACCACCUCCCUCCGCGGGGUCCGCGCCACCUUCGAGGCCUGCAACGCCGUCCGCGCCGCGCUCCAGGCCCACGGCGUCGCCUUCAGGGAGCGCGACGUCUCCAUGGACCGGAGCUUCAGGGAGGAGCUCCGGCAGCAGCUGCUCUCCCCCGCCGCCUGCUCGCUCCCCAGGCUCUUCGUGCGGGGCCGCCACGUCGGCGGCGCGGAGGAGGUGCUCCGCCUGGACGAGCAGGGCCUGCUGGCGCCGCUGCUGGAGGGCCUGCCCAGAUCAGGCACCUACAGCUGCGACGGCUGCGGGGGCAUGAGCUUCCUGCCCUGCUUCGACUGCUCGGGGAGCCGCAAGGUGGCCGUGCCCGUGCCCGGCAACCAACCUGGCUGCAGGCGGCGGACCACGGUGGUGGUGCGCUGCGGGGAGUGCAACGAGAACGGCCUCGUGCUCUGCCCGAUCUGCUCCUGACCUGACUGCGCUUCUUCCUGCCCCAUUCAGAUCAGCCCCUUAUCUUCUGCUCCUCCUCCUCUAAUAGUGCUGCACUAGUACUAAUCAAUCAAGUUAUUUUCACCAAGCUUGGAAUGGGAGAUGAGUGGUUGUAGUCAAGCCAGGCCUGGUCGUUCAUGAUCAAUUCCAAGAGAAAUGCUGUUCUCCCUCCUAUAUUACUACUGUAGUAGUAAACUGAAAGUCUGAAACUGAAAUUCACAGA